CACUUCCUCCUUUUCUCUCACUGAAUAGCAGGUCUUAAACCCUCUGAACAGAAAUAAAUCAACAGAGACAAGUGAAUAUGUUUGAAGGACGAGGUGUGUCCAGAAAUAAAAGAGAAACGUUGAGAUACGGAAAAUGGCUGAUAUCUGUCAAGUACGUUUGCUGGGACUGAUGAUUCUUUCUUCUCUUCUUACAGGAAUGACUGGAAACAGGGAUGUGUUCAGUAGUUCAGGUGAAGAUGUCUCUCUGCCCUGCUAUAAUGCUCUUUCUGGUUGCACCUCAACUACAUGGAACUACAACCAAAAUAUCAGAUUAAGUGCAGUAGAACUGUUUGCUAAAGGAAAAAAGAAGAAUAACAUAAAGAGACAUGAGAGACUGAGUUUGGGUACUGACUGCUCUCUGAACAUCUAUAAAACAUCAGAAGAAGAUAAUGGAAUGUACACCUGCCAACAAUUUUUGAAUGAUACGCCAUAUGGAACUGAUACAAGUGUUUCACUACAUGUUCUUCAUGUCUCAUCCACACAGAAUGAGAUGAGAUCAGGCAGCUCUGUGACUCUCUCCUGUCAGUUGUUUUCACAUGAAAACUCUUGUGAUACUUUGUUUCGUACUGAAGGAUUUCAGCUGGUUUGGGUGAAUCAGGCUGGUGUUAAUCUGCACACAGACUCCAGAUAUCAGAUAUUGUCACAAGGACAGUGUAUCAGCACUCUGACUACAAAACUUCUGAAUGAAGACAACAACAAAGAGUGGAGAUGUCUGCUUAAAAUGAGGAAAGAGACUAAGACCAGAGCCAGUUAUACUGUCAGGUUUGGAGGGACAACACCAAAUCCAGACAUCAACACAAGCUUUGAAGGUACCUCGCCUUCAGACAAAUCAAAUAAUUCUACACCAGUGAUUUAUCUUGGGAUCGCUGCUUUAGCUGUUGUUCUUGCUGCUGCUGUUCUGUGGGUGAUCUUUAAAAAAAGGGCUAAUAAUAGAGAGGGCACAUCCAGCUCUGUGGGGAGUUCAGUAAUGCCAAUGGUUAAUGAUAAGAAUGAAUAUAAUGGGACAUAUGAAACAAUCAACAUUUCCAGCCUCCCUACUCUAAGCACCAACGAGCAAACAAAUGAUGUGACUUAUUGUGAGGUUACUGCUUCCUGUAAACAGCAAAUGAUAAAGAACAGUGUUCCUUGUGAUGAUAAUGUGACAUAUGCCACCAUCAACAGAGCAAAGAAUUAAGCUAUAACAGUUGUAAUUUUGACUGGUUUUCAGAUCUCAAGUCACACAUAUCCUAAAACACGUUUCCACAUAUUCUGUAACAUUUUCUAAAUAUUUAAUGCAUAACAGUAAACUUUAACACAAAUCCUAUCAAAUAUUAUCAAUGUGUCAUUACACUGUGCGUGUGGCACAAAGCAAGAUAUCUGUUAGACAAUCUGUGACGGUAAAACAUUAUUAAUUCAUUCAUUAAGCAUGCAAAACAUUGCGUACAAACCUUUUUUACUAUAAUAUUAACGCAGGUCCUAGCUGCUGCCUGACUUAUACAUCUUUUUAUACUUAAAAUCCACAGACCUUUUAUUUGAUGUAAUAAAUAAGACAUCGCUCUUUCUACAGUCUUUCUAAUGCCCGUAUUAUCUCUACCCUGCGUCAACAUGUGAACGAAAUCGUAUUGUACUGUGGUUGCCACCGUUGUGUUUGGACUAAACGAUUUGUGUCAAAUCUAUAUUACAAUGCUAUUGGCCACUGAUGAUCAAGAACCACGACUUUAAAUAAGAGAAUCUGUCAGAGAACGUGUCCAGAUUUCUUAAUCGGUCAGGAUUAAAAAAAAUCCUGUAUCCUGAGCCCAGCUUUAUACAUUUUCAAAGCUGUAAACAGGAACAACACUUCAAAUUUGGACCCUACAAAAUAUUUGUAAAUGUGCUUAUGGUCUGAGUAUGUCACGCUGCUGGUCAAUCUGUAACAAUAAAGUAUGAAAAACUAGUUAAA